AUGAAUGCAGAUUCUUUAUCAUUUGAAACUGUAGUUAUAAAAGUUGAAAACAGUGACAAGGAUUGGCAAGUGGAAAAUAAUUCUGACAGUCAAGGAAUCAAAGAUUCUAAUUUCGAUUAUCCAAUAGAUAUUGACGACGUAAAACUGGAGAAAAUUGAAGAUUCUUCAGAAGACAUUGAUGCACCUGAUUUUAUGCACAAAAAUGUGGACAGUACCUCUUUAAAAAAACAAUUAUUCCUUGAAAAUAAUCAAAGUUCACUAAUUACAAUGAAGAAGAAAAAUGAAGUGAAAAAUUUGCAUAAAAAAUCAGAAAUAAAUAUAAAAAAUUACACCUGCGAUCAUUGUCAAGCGACUUUUGAUAAAAAGUCAAUAAUUAGGACGCAUAUUAAGACUCACCAAGCAGACUUGUUCCAUGAAAAGUCUCAGAAUAAACCCCCAGAAACAGAGUCGGAAGAAAAACCAUACUCUUGUGACGUCUGUCCCUCAAAGUUCCGUUUCGAAAGAUAUUUAAAACAGCACAAGCGAAUAAUCCACACAGAAAAAAAGCGUUUCUCUUGCGACAGUUGUUCCUCCUUAUUCCGAACAAGAACUCAUUUGAAAAGACACAUGAUUUGUCACACGAGAGAACAGCCUUACGCUUGCGACAUCUGUAGGUCUCUGUUCCGGCGAAGAGGUAGCCUAAAAAAACACAUGCUAACUCAUAAGGAAGAAAAACCUUAUGAGUGUAAUAUUUGCUCGUUGAAAUUCCGGCACAGAGAUUACUUGAACAGUCAUGUUAGAAUCCACUCGACGGAAAAACCUUUCGCUUGCAGCGUCUGUUCCUCCCAGUUCCGCCACAGAAGUACUUUGAACAUGCACCUCAAGAGCCACGAGCAAGAGGAACCUUGUUUGUGCGCAAUCUGCGAAGCUAAGUUUAGGAACAAGAAGAAUCUUAGAGAACAUAUGAGGAUUCAUGUGGGAAAUAAACCUCAUAAGUGUGGACUUUGUUCUUCUAGGUUCUUGAAGAAAAGUCUUUUGGAAAAACACAUGAGGGUACACACUAAGGAACGUCCGUUUUUGUGUAAUAUUUGUUCGUCUGAUUUCCGGCAGAAAAGAGCUUUGGAUCAACAUAUGAAAGUUCAUUUUAAUUAA